GAGCGCCGGGCCCCAGUCGAACUCCUUCCUCUACGAGCGACGGACCGUUCGUCAAUCAAUCCUCUCUCUCUCUCGCUCUCUCUCUCUCUCUCUCUCUCUCUCUCUCUCUCCCUCGCCCUCUUAUUCGCUCGCGCUCUCACGCACGUCGCUUUACAUAAGGAUCGCGCGGAAGUAUCGGGCACGCACGUGUGACUCGACGCGAGGAAACGCAAGACGCGAUGUCGGGGGUGCUCGUCGCCCUGCUGCUGCUCGUCGCCGGCACGAGGUGCGGACGGGCCAGCUCGGAGGAGAGCCCACUCCAGCGGAGAAUGGCCAGCGGCAACACCGGCUCCUGGAUCUUCGGCGAGGAGAAACCCUCGCCCGCGGAGUUGUUCAACGUCACCAGGGUGCUCCAGCCUGACUACCAGAUCAGGGCCACCCUCGAUCCCAACAAUGUGUUUCAGUUUUAUUAUCUCCUGCCGAAGAGUGGACCGCCCCCAACGCUACUGGUCAGCCCAUGCAGCGGACCGAUCUCUUGGAGCGUCAGCUACAUCGAGCCUCCACAAAAUGAUCAGCACGCGGAAGCGGGCACGCAGCAGACGCACUCGUGGAAGGUGAAGCAGAUGGUACCGGGCUCGCGGCUCUUCGAGUACAAGGGCGCGGAGGCGCGAAACUUCACCAUAGCCGACGCCCGGGACGACCUCUACCUCGUCGAGAUGAAGCCGGUGAGCUCGCCGAUGCUCGACCAGCUGAGGACGCGCUCGCCCAACACGGUCCUGCUCUACCACACCUCCGACGCCCUGAGCCUGCUGCCCGGUAACCUGGCCGCCCCGUCCUCCUCCUCGUCCAAGGGCAAGCGACACCAGCCGGUCCUGGAGUUUCAGCAGAAGUGGAGCCGCCGCAGACUUAUCGUCUCCUGGAACAAGAGUUCUUUGGCGUCACGUUUCAGUCGCGUUGACUCCAAUCAGUCGAGCUACCUACUGGCCGUGACUUCGGGAGCGCACCUGCACCCGCCGACCCUCUGCGCCGCCGAGAACAUACUGAAGAAGCACCCCUGCCCGACUCGAGGCACCACGAGCCAGCAGCAGGCCCAGCAGCAGGCCCAGCAGCAGGCCCAGCAGCAGGCCCAGCAGCAGAGGAGCGAGCCCGAGGGCCUGCACUGCGUCAGGAGGUCCAAGAUCACGCUCUUCGGCGUCAAGUACAACACCACCUACUACUUCACGCUCUACAUCAUGAACACGCGCAACAACGUGUCGAGCAGGGUGGCCAUGGACUCGUUCAGGUUCCAGAGGAAGCCGCCGAUAACUCUGCAGGCCGGACACCCGGCGACGAUCAACCUCAGGAAUCGCGAGGGCAUCGCUAUUUUCCGCUAUCGGCCCCGCGACAACGCGACGACGCAGUUCAAAAUUUUGGCCUGUGGCGCCUGUUCGGCCAGAGCCAAGUUCCGCGCCGGGGAGUACUACACGGACCGACAGAUCGACGGCGAGUUCGAGCUUCGCGCGCCAGCACUACCACCGGGCAAGAAGUUCACCAUUCAGAUAACCGCGUCUCCGGCCGACCUCGUGAAGAUGUCGAGAAUCAAGAUCCUCGCGGUCGACGCCGACGCCGUUCGCUUCAGCGACAACUCGGCGGCGCCGCGGAAGCACGCGUGGGAGUACCGGACAUGGCGCAAGUGCCGGCCGAACUCGUCGUCGUGGUGCGCAAGCUCCAGGACAUCGGCGGCGGGGGCGGCGGGGGCGGCGGGGCCCUGCAGCAGUUCGCCCACGAGCACGAGCCGGAGAAGCCCGGCCCACUCGCUCACGAGGCCCUGCCCUUCCUCUCCCUGAGCUGCGCCCACGGACACGCACGCGUACGCACCGCUGCACCGCCUGGCCCCGUUGCAUUGACACUUUCAAAAUGGCAUCUCCCUCUCUCUCUCCCUCUCUCUCUCUCUCUCUCCCUCAAGGCACUUGCCUUUUAUCGCGCGAGCAAUUGCCUUGCGCGUCGAUGCCUUCGAAAGGGAAACGCGUUGCGAAAUGGAUGCUGGCUUCGCGCUCGCGGGGUGGAGUCUUGCGCGUUGGCCGAAUGAUCGAGAGCCGAGCUGACGGAGAUUGGGUAAUGUGUUUUGUGCCGAUGGACUGCGAUGAAUAUUGAAAAUUUUGCGAUCGGAAUGAUGAAUGAUCGAGUGUAGGAACGGCCGAGGCCAGAGAAAGGAGCAAUAAAUAUUUGGGUGACAAUAUUUGUAUUUAUCUCGAAUAGGAAAAUUCGUUGCCUAGCGCGCUGAUGUAGAACGAGCGAAUGCUGGUGUAAACCCUGGAGUAGUGAACGGCGAUCGAGCUUUGAAACUAGACUAUGUCUACUUAGUAAUAUUCGGUGUUCAAAGUUUAAUGCGUCUUGAUCGCAUUUACUACCACUACUAACUGAAAUACUCAAACCGUAAUCUCACAAGUAUAAAAGUUGUAACGAGUGGAUAUCCUAUUUAUGACUGUGCCUGCAAGUUUUGUUUAUUCUACGAAACACUCUAAAAGCGAAUCUGCAAACACUUGGUAUCCUUAUUUUUAUCCAUAAAACUACCACGUAUAGCAAGAUUGAUAAAAAUUAUACGAAAGUCUCAAGUUAUUGGCAACUUUUAUACGUCACUAUUUACGUUUGUACUAAACGUAACAACGACCUUUUUCAUAGUAUUAUUUGUAUAAAAAAAUUAAUACGUCUUUGUGUAUUUUAUAAUCUAAUUAAUUUAACUUAACCGUAUGCAUUUAAUUGGAAGUAUCCCUAUUUAACUUUUGAUAAUCGAGUAGAAACACAAUUACUGAUGUAAUUUUCUAUAACAUUUCUACUUUGUAUCGGGCGUAAAUCUUAGUUAAUUUUAUGACUAUUUAUCGAACAUACGACUAACUCGAAUAAAGACGCUUCAAAAAAGCGUACGUAAUAUCAUUGUUUGUUUCGCUAAAAAUAUAGUCUCGAUAUUUUGCCGGAUAUAUUGUGUACAUAAAGCAUGCGAUGCAACGACUAUACGAAGUAUGUACACGUGAAAUAUAAAUGUGUGACUGUAUGUGUGACGUGAUUAAAUGCGUUUAAUAUGUUAUUCGCGGUACGAUCGAGUACCGAGAUUCCUGGAAAAUUCAACGUAAAUAAUACGUUUUUCUUUUAUUAGCACGUACAAAGCAUGUAAUGCGCGUUUCGUUUCGCGAUGGAAAAUGUCGGUGUUUAUGCAAUGCAUGAAUUGUUAUGUGAAUCGCUGAAAAUUACUAAAAAUUGUACCAUUCGCAAACAGCCUCUUUCAUAUGUAUUCGACUUGUAUUCAUGAAAUAAAUAAAUCCGCAUUUUCAGCCGAUUAUUA